CAACUCACGGCGCAGAUGCAGAGCAAACGCACUCUCCAACUCCAACAAACAAAAUUGCCAGCGGUAAUUUUUUUAUUGAUAUCAUUUUUCUCUGUUAUCUCUUGUUGUUACUUAGGAGUGCGAGUAGGUAUGUGGUAUACAGAGUGUCUUGGAAGUUGUGGACAAUUAAUACGAUUUAAUUUGCGUUUCUAAUUAUUAUUUUAAGUUGCGGCGGUUUAGUUCACGUGGUUAAUCGAUUUUUUAUGCCUGCAGCCUGCCGGUUUCAAUAUAAAUUCACACAUUAAAAAAUGAACAACGCUGCCGAUGUAGAGACAAAACAGUUGCCGCAAAUAGAAAAAAUUCAAGUUUACGGUGCGAGAUGGGUGGUUUUGGGUAUUUUUGUAUUGUACUCCAUGUCCAAUGCGAUGCAAUGGGUGCAAUUUUCGAUUAUAAAUGAUGUGGUGGUGAGUUAUUAUGGGGUGUCCUCGAUGUGGGUUGAUUGGACAUCGAUGAUUUACAUGAUACUCUAUAUUCCAUUUGUAUUUCCUGCUAGUUAUUUACUGGAAAAAUUGGGUCUCAGAAAAGCUGUGAUAAUAGGUAUGACAAUAAAUUGCAUAGGAACAUGGAUAAAAGUAGGUGCAGUUGACAAAGACAGAUUUUAUGUUGCAUUUGUGGGACAAACAAUAGUUGGAUUUGCUCAAAUCUUUAUUCUUGCCGUACCAGCAAGAUUGGCAGCCCUUUGGUUUGGGCCUUCACAAGUGUCGUCUGCUUGUAGUAUAGGAGUUUUUGGAAAUCAGUUGGGUAUUGCUGCUGGUUUUCUAUUUCCACCAAUUUUUGUAAAUUCAGAAUCUAGUCACGAUGAACAAACUACACAGUUCUACACAAUGUUUAUAGCCGUAGCAGCUUUCACUACGGUCCUGUUGGUGAUUGUUUUAUUUUUUUUCAAAGAUAGGCCUCCAACUCCUCCAUCUCACGCGGCCCUUCAACAAAGUGGUGAAGAAUUUGACUUUAUUGGAUCUCUAAAAAGUUUAAUGAAAAAUAAAUCUUUCGUACUAUUAUUGCUUUCUUACGGAAUUAACGUUGGUGUAUUCUACGCCAUAUCAACGCUUCUCAACCAGAUUGUAUUAUUUUAUUACCCCGGUGCCAGUGCUGAUGCUGGCAGGAUAGGACUGGUUAUUAUCGUAGCAGGAAUGUUGGGCUCAGUAUGCUGCGGAAUAGUCUUGGACAAGUAUCAUAAAUUCAAAGAAACCACUUUGGUCGUGUAUGGUUUCUCCUUAAUUUCAAUGGUUGUGUACACGUUUACUCUAUCAAAAGGAAUAUACGUCGUCUAUGUUAUCUCAGCAUUAUUAGGGUUCUUCAUGACCGGUCUCCUACCUGUAGGCUUCGAACUUGCCGCUGAACUUACCUACCCAGCUCCAGAGGGUACUUCAUCCGGUCUGCUGAACUGCGCCUGCAACCUCUUCGGCAUAGCCUUCACCAAUAUAUACUCAGUUAUUUUUAACCAAGUUAAUGACGUCUGGGCCAAUAUCGUUAUGUGUAUAGUUUUACUAGUCGGAGUCGUACUUCUGAUAUUUACUGGUUCGGAUUUGCGACGACAAGCAGCUCAAAGAUUCGAGUUAUUGGUGAAUGCCAUUAUACGAUCAUUUUUGGCCUCGUUGGAGAAUCAUCAGGUAACACCAAACUAGCUUGUACUGUCUUCAAACCGUAUUGAUCUGGAAUGAAAUGCUAACGGAAUGUAUGGAAUGAUUCUCAAACAAGAAAUUGUCAACAAUAAUUGCAACAAUGAAGCAAAAAUGGUGAAAUGUUUAACAUAUUCAAUUUAAUGAAGUGAACACAGCAGUAUGAAGUUUGAAAAGUACUAAGAGCCAAGCAGUAAAAUAGAAAAAGCAAAAUACUGUAAUAAAGAGAACAAGAACUUAAAGUACUUACCGAAUUCAAAGAACAAAGGUAGUAUUUUGGUGGGUACCUAAACAAGUGAAUAAAUGUUUACCCACCAAAUAAUAAAUUUACAGUACGCGCCCCAUGAGACUGCUGUAACUAUCUGAGUAGGUAGUCAUGAUACGACAAUAUUUUAUAUACUAUUAAUUAAAUAUGGAAUUUUUAAAUUUAUUUUGUAAUGUGGCGAUGCAAUAAAAAGUUGUGAUCAUCAUAUUAGUAAAAGUCUUCAUCUGUUGUUAGGUUAGGUUAGGUUGAAAAUGAGUGGGAAGAUCUCAUCGCGAUCCACUCGACCCAGAUGGAUCUAUUGUGGCUCAUGUCUAACUUACGGGCCACACCUUUCAAUGAAGGCCAUAGUUAAAUUGGACAAAACUUGUUUAAAUUCAGUGCGCUCCAGUUGGAUGAACCUGAAGAUCUAGAACCUAGUUCUGUCCAAAAUGGAGCGAAUUUCUCUUCCACGACGUUUGUUGCAGACCUAUCCUUCUCAUGUGCGAUCUUUCCUACUCCAUUCCUGAAUAUAAGCAUAGGCGUUUAUAGAAGGGCUGAUUAUAAACGCCUAAUGGACCAUUUAAACGAGGCCAGUUGUGAGAACAAAGUGAAGACAAUCCAGUGACCAUGCAAUUAUCGUUUUACACGUAGGCCAGUCAAAUAUAUAGUUGUGUACAGUAUCGGAUUAGGCCGUCGGUCUACCGGUCCAAAGGCCGGUUGUUCAAUCAGUGGGCCAUCGUUCAAAGAACAAAGAAUCAAAUGCAAAGAAAUCCCAUAAUACGUGGCAACCUCGAAAAUAGUAUAAGUGUGCAAAAAUAAACUUUUUUUUUGCAUUCAAUGAAUCGGAUCAUAAAAAAAAUGACAGGUGUUCCUUUUUCCCUACUGAACUGGUAGGCUCUGGAAGUAUCAAUGCACUACUGGUUGUGUAUGUGCAAAAUGGAUAGGAAAUUAGCUUUAAGAGCAAACUUUAAAAAGUGUUAAUUUUAAUGCAUAACGAGAUCCUUGAAAUAAUAGAGACAGAGGCAAUGGCUAAAAGAAGAUGGUUUACUAGACCAUGGCUAGCCAGGAGAACUGCCACUAGGUCAGUGAAGUCUUAUCUUGAAAAAAUUGGAAACGAAAGAUCCUGAAAAAUACAAAUUGUGCAGAUUUGUUAAAAACAUUUCUUGGCUUAUUUGGGCCUUUUCACUUGACUGCGAGUGAUAUGUGCAGAAAGACCAAAUUGUGAGAGAAUACUCGUACAGUUACUGAAUAGGGGUCCUCUGAUAAAGGUAGCGACUAUAGACUUCUUUAUAGACAUUUUUUGCGGUGUUUUUAGACAUUUUUUGCCUGCGAAUAUACAUAUAUGGCGUCAUAGCUUUAAAACUCAUAAGCUACACACUACAUAGAUAUCUUCAACUAUAACUAGGUACUACAAAUCCAGUUUUUACUAUUUGGAACGCUUACUAAGUAUUAUUAUUAGUUAAUAUUUUUUGCUGUGCAAUCGUUGCUCAUUUCUCUUCUAUGUGAAUUUCGAUUUUACGAAAUAAAAAACAUUUAUAUCCAUAGAUUGUGAUGGUAGAAAUAAUUGUUCUAUAUAUCCACUUGUGACAGUAUUAUCUAAUACACUUUGUAUCAGAGAUAAAUUAAGAAAGAUUGUGACAAUCCUUUCAUAAAGGUAGAAGGCACCUGUGGCAGUCUUUCCUAAAUUACCUCUACCAGUUCCUAAUAAAAUUUUAGACUAAACAAUUUCGUAAAGAAGAAACUAGGUAAAUUAGUAAAGUAAUUAACCAAAUUAUACUUACAGCCAAUGAUGUUUAUUCAGUCAAAUAUAUUUGAACAAAUAAGCAAUUUGUUUUCAUCAAAUCUAUUGGUGACACUUUUAGGUGUGUUACUUGCGCAAGGCAAAAUUAAAACUUUUUCGUUCAUUCUUACCUUUAAGAACAUGGAAAUACUUUGCUGCAGGCCCUGGAGUGGUGGAGCAAAUGUUAAUGUCACAUAUUUGAUUAGAUAAUUUACUUGACUAUUUCACCUUUAUCAUUCUAUGAAAGUAUUAGUAAAUGGAAUCAAAAUGUUUUAAUUUCUAUAAAAUACCAUCUGCAAAACACUUUGAAAAUUAUUCAAAACCAAUAAGGCAUAUAAAAAAUAAAUCUAGAACCAGCCACAUCUUGUUUAAAACUCCAUAGCUAUCCUAGUUUGUUUGGUGAAAUAAUUUUGUAGUCGUAGAAAAAUAUUGUAUCUACAUCACUUGUGUAGAACUCGACUCCCACUCGAUGAAGAACUGUGAACAAGAACUUUUUUUGUUAUUAAAGAUGAUACCUACAAUUUUUUUAAACCCUUAUCAAAUUAGUACAAAAUAAAUAUCGGAAUGAAUAAUGGAUUGCCUAACUGUAGGGGUUAAUGUAUUUAAAAUUAAUAAACAGCAGUAGUCGUAUUUUUUCUUUUUUAAUUUUUUAUCCAAUGUAAAAAAUAAAAAAAAAAACGGAUUGUUUUACCGCGAAUUGAACCCGAAUCACGAAAUUCAAAGUUGGAUACUUAACAACCUGAGUUAUGAAGCCUCAAUUAUCUAAUCAAAUAUGUGACAUUAUAAUUUUCUAAGACAUUCUUAAGACGUCUUAGUCGAGCGCUCCACCACUAGUGCGUCAGCAGCAAAGGAUUUCCCUCUUCUACAAGACAAUAAUUUUAUUUUUUUUUGAUAUCUUGUGGUGCCUGCCAUUAAAACUAGUCUCAUAGACUAACCAUUAAUUUUGUUUUGAAACAAUCUUAAACUAAGAACUUAUCAGCUUAAGUCAAUCCAUCAAUAUUCACUAGAUUAUUCUGACUACUACAUACAAGUCACUCGUGCACUAUGCUCUGCUUUUACACAUACACAAUACACUAGACCAGAUCAAAUAGCUUGGUCCUCUUCAAUCGUCGGACCUGGUCCUGAUUGUCCAGCAGCCGAAGAGCUUUAUGCUUGCUAGCAAAUGUUUUGAUUUCUUCUUUCACUGUUGGAAUCCCAAGAUCUCGAUGAAGAUCUGCAUUGCGCACAUACCAAGGAGCGUUCACUAUGUUGCGCAAUACUUUGUUCUGAAAGGUUUAGAUAGACUUAUUGUUGCCUAUUUCUGGCACAUCCUUAUAAUUGAAUGCCGUAAGGUCACACCGGUCUUAUAACCUGAUUCAAGAUUAAUAUUUUAUUAUGUACCGACACUUUUGAGGUCCUUCCCAAGAGACAUUAGUGCCGUUUAUAUUUUAAUCCCAAUUCAGUUCUUUUCUUCUUAACAUGUACUUUCCAUCGUAACUUGGCAUCAAGGGUCAUGCCAAGGAACUUUGCAUUCAGCUCACGAGGUACAGUUUUUCCGUUGAUAUUUAGUCUGAAGUUCAUAUUAACAUUCUUAAGCUCAUUGAGCCUACUUCUCCAUUGAUUGGUCCAUCUAAUUAGACAAUUGCUAGUAGUUUGUAAUUUCCUUACUGAUCUUUCUUGGUCCUGAUCAACUACAAGGAGAGCAGUAUCAUCAGCAAAUGUAGCUACAGUCAUAUCUUCCAGAGUUGGCAAGUCACUAGUGUAGAGUAAGUAUAAAAUGGGUCCAAGAAUACUUCCUUAAGACACUCCAGCUCUUAUUUCUUUUAUAUUAGAAUAUUUGUCUUCCUGCUUGAUUCUGAAAAGCCUGUCUGAGAUAUAUGAUGUUAUACUCUUUACAUAUUGCUUCGGAAUAUUUUUUUUUUCAGUAUGUAAACCAAACCUUCAUGCCACAUCCUGUCAAAGGUUUGGGCAACGUCUAAAACUACUGCAGAGCAGAACUUAUCUUCCCUCAAGAGCAUGCUCUAUGACAUCUGUGAUUCUAUGCACUUGGUCAAUAGUAGAAGGUUUCUGUCGAAAGUCGAAUUGGAAAUCAGGUAUCUUCUAUCAGAGGUCUUGACCUCUUUAGCAGUAAUUUUUGAAAUAAUUUUGACACAAUUGGUAAGAGAGAAAUAGAUCUAUAAGACUUAACAUCGUUAGGCAGUUUUCCAGGCUUUGAUACCAUUAUUACCUCUGCAACUUUCCAGCAUGCAGGUAUAUGUCUCAAUCUAUAAGCUGCAUUAAAUAAGUAUGUCAGCAUGACAAUUGCUUUAAUUACUGGUGAAAUAUUGAAGGUGCUUUCUUCGGAUUUAAGUUAGUUUUAAUCUCUUUUGCUACUUCUUUUGGUGUAACAAGGGUGAUGUUUUCAGAUUUUUGAUUGUCUAUUAUAGGCAAAUAAUUUUUUUCCUGCAUCUGAUUGGAUGUAAAAAGGUCUAACAAAUAUUUAGCAAACAAGUCUGCUUCCUGUUUAUUGUCCCUGACCUAUCCUCCAUUAUCUCUUCUAAUGGAAGGGAUGAAGCUAAUAGAGCUUUUAAUUUAUCUUGUGGCUUUACACAGAGAAUAAUCUGUGUCUUCAACUGGUGAAGGGUUCUGUAGGCAUGAGUUUGUUGAUUCUUCUUCGAGCUUCUGAAUUUCUCUUCUCAGUUUUUGAGUUUUAUUGUUUAAAAUUGAUUUAUCAGAUGAGUCUCUUCUUUUUUCUCUAACAAGAUUUCUGAUCUUAACUGGGUAGUUUAUUCCCUUUGUCAAAUGGGUAAUUUCUUUGGUCUUAUUGUAAGCAGCUGUUUGAAAAAUUUUUGUAAAGUUUUCAGCUUCCUAAUCAAGUUGUUCAGUUGUUUUCAAACAUAUAUUCAGAUUGAUCUUGUUUUGAAGUUAAAUUCUGAAGCUUUCCCAGUCAGUAGGUCGUGUUACUCUUUUAAUAACUGUUUCACUCAAGGUCAGAAUUGCAGCUGAAUAAUCAGAGUCUAAAGACAGGAAUUAACGAAAAAUUUUGCCUUGCGCAAACGUUUACCAACAUAUAACAAAAGUGUUGUGGGAAUACCUAACUGAUUUUGAAUACCUGAUUAUCACUCGGCUAUGUUCGGAACGCAUAAGAUUAAGAUUCGAUAACUACUUCCUACAUAUAUGCUGUAUGCCUCGCCAAACAUUGAAAUAUGUAUUUGAUACAAGUAAAAAUUUAGAUUCAAGUAUAACAUACGAUGAUGAACGAUAAAACAGAAAAUUAGGACCGUUGUUUAGCAAAAAGUUAUUUCUCCGAUAUCGAUGAAAUUAAUAUUUUAUUGAUUUAUUUUUUAAUGAAUUUUUUGAUAAAAUAUCAGCUUUGUAAUUUAUAAAAGCAAUAGUAAAGAUACAGUAAUUUUAUAGAUAAUGUAUACCCAUUGUAUAGUCUAAAAUUUUAUUUCCAAAAUUGACAAUAUCAUUGACAAUAACAUAUCUGAAAUAAAUCAGAUAUCACUUUUAGCUAGUAUUUACAGUUUUCCUAUUUACUGUUCAGUAUUAGACAGUUGUAUUUUUAAAGAAUAUUGUUAAAUGUUUUAUAUGAGUAUUACAAAAAAAAUUAUAUCUCGCAGAAAUACUAUUUAGAAGAGUUUACGUAUUGUUCAAG